AUGUCCGCCGCUCGCCUGCGGGCGCAGUGCAUGCCCAACGACGACGACGACAACGAUGGCGGCGCGGCCGCCUCGUACGUCCGGGUCUUCGUCGACGGCGUGCUGGCCGGCCAUGUGUUUGCGUGUCGCUGGACUUACCGCAGCCAGGAUGACGACGACGCCGACAACGACAGCAGCAGCCCAGGCCGAACGGUGUGCUGGAUCACGCAGCUCGUGGUGCAUCGCGAGUAUCGUCGGCGCGGGCUGGCCACGGGCCUGCUGAACGAACUGCGCGAGACGAACAGCAGCGGCGGCGGUGAAGUCUGCGGCAUCCUGAGCUCGCAUCCAGCAGCGUGUCUGACGGUCGCGAAGGUGUUUCGACGCAGCUGUAUCCGGCUGGACUUCAUCCAGGCCCACGCCGCCGCCAUCAUGAAGGCGUCGCCCGUCUCGUAUGUCCGAGACGCCCGGCUCCACGGCAGCCUCUUCGACUCCGCGACGAAUCCUCACGGAGCCGUGUCGUCGGCAGACACCAACUUCCACGUCGACCACCGCGAGCCGUCCGCGGCGCUGGCCGAGAUUCGCGCGACGAUGGAUCAUUAUUGGCCGCUGGGCGACCUGGGCGGCGACGGCCACGAGUACCUCCUCAUCGUGUGA